AUGCAGAGCAUGCAAAGACGUUUCGGUCGAAUGACCACCACCAAGUCCGCCGACAACAGUCAAGUGGCGGUUCUCUUAAAGGAUUUCGAAGACGCUGAUAACCUUUUUACCAAGAUCAUUGAAUCAACCAAAGCCUGGCGCGAUGCGUGGGUAUCCAUUGCGACCUUCCAGAGUCGCAUGGCUGAUGAGUUCGAUGGACUAUAUGCACCCAUCGUUGGCUCAUCCGAGACCGAAACGCGCCAUAUCCCUGAGGAGACUCCCCCUGCGCUCCUCUCGAGGACCAACAACCUACGACGCGAAUAUGAUGAUCUGCGUGGGGAACUUGUACAGGAGCUCAACGUCGUCGAGCAGCGCAUGUCCCAGCCUGCGGAGCAAGCAAAGAGCUAUCUAGCUCCAAUGAAAAAGGCUAUCAAGAAGAGGAAUGAUAAAAAGUCGGAUUAUGAGCGCUUUCAAAGCAAAGUCGAUGGCCUCAUCCAUAAACCAAAGCGCUCCGAUCGCGAAAACGUCAAUCUCGCCAAGGCAGAAUUAGAUCUAUCUAUGGCAAAGGAGGUCUACCAACAAGCAGACCAAGAUCUGCUCCAGCGCUUACCCACGCUAAUCUCACUCCUCUUCUCCUUGGCCCCAUACAUACUCCGGGCCCAAGUCGAGAUUCAAAACCGUAUGCUGGCGCACUACUACACCGUCCUCUCCGGCUACUGCGAAGAUGAACAACUCCCCAAUCCACCACCUUCAAUGGACCAAGUCGUUCAAGACUGGGAAAACGCCCACAGGACCGCCCAAGCCGACGUUGAGAGUCUAAGCUGUCUCUCCCACGGCAAAGCACUCCGCCUGUCACAAGCCCACGAGGCUCAAAACAAACGUCCCUCCAUCGGCGGCCGAAGCAUCAGCACCAUCUCCUCAGCUUCGUCCAUCCGCAGCGGCAAUAGUGUGCCCCGUUACGGGGUACCAUUCCCAAUGCUUGCACCAAAGCCCUGUGCAGCAGAUAUGCGGUCCCCAUCACCAAGCUCUUCAAUGAUGACGCCGCCCAUUUCUGUCGGCAGCUCAUCGAGCACUCCACCGUUGCCCUCGGGAGGUGACUACUACAUGCCACCUCCUCCCGUGGCUCCAACACCAAGUCCAUUCAUCCAACCUGCAGCCCCACCAACAGGCGUCUCGUUCUCGCCUGCGGGCCCAAAAAUCGACCACUUCCAACUGCACCGCCAGGGCUCCUCAAACACCACAUCCAGCGCGGGGACUGAGCCCUUUGCCAUGGCGGCUCUCAAGAAAAAGAAGCCCCCGCCACCGCCCCGACCUACAAACUUUGUCACAGCCCUUUAUGACUAUGACGGUCAGGGGGCUGGGGAUCUUGUUUUCCGGGAGGGUGAUCGGAUUCGCGUGAUUCAGAAGACGAAUAGCACGGAUGACUGGUGGGAGGGCGAGUUGCGAGGUGUGCAGGGUGCGUUCCCGGCGAAUUAUGUCGAGUGA